CCCGGAGUGAACAGGGCCCAGUGGUGGCCGCGUAUAAAAUGUUUUACCAACUCUGCUUUUCUUUGGUACAUAUUUUUAUCUCUGUUCUGGGCAUGGAAAAGAGUAACUUCAGAACAUUCUAAAUGAUAAGAAAUGAUAAGUGAUUCUUUAAGCACCGUUUAGUGGUUAACAUAUACAUUACGUUUUAAAACAAGUCUGGGCGUGUGUGGUUUAUUUUGGAUAUUUGACUAGUCGUACAGCUAGUCUCAGUAAUGCCAACAUUGUUAACCGAGGGGUAAGACACGUCUCGGAUUGUCUCACCCCCAAGAGCUUUCAAAUACUACAACCUUUCACUGAAGAGAACUUUACUUGCUGUUGUGUGAAUUCUUACAAAGUUAUAUGUAAACAGGAGGCUGUGCUGCUAGCAGUGUGCAAUGAACACCCUGGCUGCUCCACUCCACGUGCUGAAGCUGUCUGUUAGGAGUCUGAGAUCUCUGCCCACGUCUGGAAGGAAGAUCCACCGACACACUGGGUUCCAGUCCUGUGCACCUCAAAACUUUCAAGACUAUGAAAGCCUCCGUCGGCUCUACAGACCGGAGGCACCCGAGUAUUUCAACUUUGCCAAGGAUGUUCUGGACAGAUGGGCUGAGAGGGAGAAGGAUGGGGAGAGGCUGUCAAACCCUGCCCUGUGGUGGGUGAACGAUGCCGGUGAAGAAAUCAAAUGGAGCUUUGAGGAACUUGGGUCGCGUUCCAGGAGAGUGGCGAAUAUCCUGGCGGGAGCUUGUGACCUACAGCCCGGAGACAGGCUUCUCCUAAUCCUACCCAGAGUGCCGGAGUGGUGGCUUGUGAACGUGGCCUGUUUGAGGACGGGGACUGUCCUCAUCCCUGGGACCUCCCAGCUCACUGCCAAGGACAUCCUUCACAGGCUCCGCAGCUCCAGCGCCAGAUGCAUCGUCACGGACGGGAACCUGGCCCCUCUCGUGGACGCCGUGGCAGCAGAGUGCCCCUUCCUUAAAGCCAAGCUGCUGGUAUCAGAGCAGAGAAGAGAGGGCUGGCUGAACUUCACAGAGCUGUCAAAGGCUGUAUCAAGUGACCACACCUGUGUGAAGACUAAGAGCAAUGAUCCGAUGACCAUCUUCUUUACCAGCGGAACCACCGGCUCCCCGAAAAUGACCCAACACAGCCACUGUAGCUUUGGACUCGGGCUGGUCGUCAAUGGCAGGUUCUGGCUGGACCUGAGCCCAGGGUCUGUGCUGUGGAACACCUCCGAUACUGGCUGGGCCAAGUCCGCCUGGAGCAGCGUGUUCGCCCCCUGGAUACAGGGAGCCUGCGUGUUCGUGCAUCACAUGCCACGCUUCAAAGCCACCACUGUUUUAGAGACUUUGUCCAGAUUCCAGAUAAGCACGUUCUGCUCAGCCCCGACUGCGUACCGGAUGCUUGUGCAGCAGGACCUGGCCAGGUACCAGUUUAAAAGCCUUCAGCACUGUGUGAGUGCCGGCGAGCCCAUGAACCCUGAAGUGAUGCAGCAGUGGAAACACAAGACCGGCCUUGAAAUCUAUGAAGGAUACGGGCAAACGGAGACGGUUCUCAUUUGUGGCACAUUCAAAGGGAUGAGAAUCAAGCCUGGAUCAAUGGGGAAGCCAUCACCGGCAUAUGAUGUGCAGAUUAUAGAUGAGCACUGCAGCCCCCUUCCAGCAGGACAGGAAGGAGACAUCGCAAUCCGAGUGAAACCCAACAGGCCAUUUAACCUCUUCUCUGAAUACACUGACGAUCCUGAGCGCACGGCGCGUUCCUUUCGGGGGGAUUUCUUCAUCACCGGAGACAGGGGGGUGACAGACCAGGACGGCUACUUCUGGUUUGUGGGGAGAUCCGAUGAUGUCAUUCUAUCUGCAGGGUACCGCAUCGGCCCCUUUGAGGUGGAAAGCGCACUGAUCGAACACCCAGCCGUGGCAGAGUCAGCUGUCGUUAGCAGUCCUGACGCAGUCCGGGGAGAGGUUGUGAAGGCCUUUGUUGUUCUGACUCCUGCCUAUCAACACCAUGACCCACAGAGCCUUGCUGUAGAGCUACAGAACCACGUGAAGCAAGUCACAGCUCCAUACAAAUACCCACGGAAGAUUGAAUUUGUGGAAAGCUUGCCAAAGACAAUCAGUGGCAAAAUCAGAAGGGUUGAACUGAGGAACAAAGAAUGGGGAAGAACAUAGAAGUGCCUCAGAUCUGAGAGUCCUACCUGACUCUUCAUACAUUCACACUUCACAAGACAUUGUAUUUUCACAGUAUAAAAAGCCUACAGGACAGAUGCUGACUGUGUUUAUAUGUGUAACUCUAAAGGAAGCCUCCCUCCUCUCUGUAUGUCUGAAAUGCCCAGAUCUGAGUGGAAAUGUCCCCCACUGUGCCAACAGCUGAUUUUGUACCAAAUAUUCAUUUUAACUGAGCUUUGAAAUACAUUUACAAUGAAGCCAAAUCAUAUUUUUGUGCGUGUUUAAUGAAGUUGUAACUCCUUCCAUUGGUCGACAAAAAAAAAAUAUAUAUAUAUAUAUAUUUAUAAUUUUAUUACAAAAACAAUGUGUACAGAGAACAGAGUGUAACCCUGCAUGUUUCUGCUAGCUGCACGUAGCCCUACGUUAAUAAAUUCAAGUAAAACAAGCAGUUUAUUCGAUAUUCUUCAGAUUAAACAUUUUAAAAAGA